UUAGACAAGUUAGUUUUGUUUUGGAAAGUAUUAAUUUUACGGUAUUUGCUUUUAUUAUAACUGGCCGGAAAAAGGCUAAUAUAUAAAGAAAAUGGCUUUUUUACGAGGUUCACUUAAUUAUGUAUGGUGCACGACAAGUGUGCUAGGGAAAGGAGCAACUGGAUCAGUUUUCCAAGGUGUAAAUAAGAACACUGGUGAAUCAGUGGCCGUCAAGACAUUCAAUCCCUAUAGUCAUUUGCGGCCUCCAGAUGUCCAAAUGCGUGAGUUUGAAGCGCUCAAGAAACUGCAUCACGAAAAUAUUGUCAAACUGCUUGCCAUUGAGGAAGAUCAAGAGGGGCGCGGAAAGGUAAUAGUUAUGGAAUUGUGUACUGGCGGCAGUCUUUUCAAUAUACUUGAUGACCCAGAAAACUCGUACGGGCUGGCAGAGAAUGAGUUUCUCUUAGUGCUUGAACAUCUGUGCGCUGGCAUGAAGCAUUUACGUGACAAUAAUUUAGUGCACCGUGAUCUUAAGCCAGGAAAUAUAAUGAAGUUCAUAUCUGAAGAUGGACAAACUAUUUACAAGUUAACUGAUUUCGGUGCUGCACGCGAACUUGACGAUAAUCAAGCGUUCGUUUCGCUAUACGGCACGGAGGAGUAUUUGCAUCCGGAUAUGUACGAACGUGCUGUGCUACGUAAACAAAUAAAUCGUUCGUUUACGGCAAAUGUAGACUUGUGGUCCAUUGGUGUCACGCUGUACCACGUGGCUACGGGAAACUUACCCUUCCGUCCAUUUGGUGGACGCAAAAAUCGAGAAACCAUGCAUCAGAUCACCACGAAGAAAGCGUCUGGCGUAAUUUCGGGUACACAAUUAUCCGAAAAUGGUCCAAUUGAGUGGUCAACUACGCUGCCGUCAUAUUGUCAUCUAUCAGACGGCUUGAAAACAUUAGUGACACCGCUUUUAGCUGGUUUAUUAGAAAAGAACCGUGAAAAGACUUGGUCGUUUGAUCGAUUCUUUCAGGAGGUUACUUUAAUUUUGCGUAAAAUCGUAUUGCAUGUUUUCUUCACAAAUCGUACUACUUCAGUGGAAGUGUUCCUUGAACCGGACGAACAAAUCGACAACUUUCGUGAACGCAUUUUCUUACAAACUGAAGUGCCUAUAGAAAAGCAAAUACUAUUAUUUAGCAAUGAGCAUUUGGAAAAGAAGGUGGCGUCCAGUACCAUAUCCAAGGCUUUCCCGUCCACUACGACGGAAAGUCCAAUAUUUUUAUAUAGUAAUGAUGACAAUAAUGUGCAACUACCACAUCAAUUGGACUUGCCCAAGUUUCCCGUCUUCCCCAACAACGUGUCGGUUGAGAAUGACGCAAGCCUUGCUAAGGCUGCUUGCAGUGUAGGCCACGAAUGCAAGCGUCGCAUAGACACGUUUUCUUCUAUGGAUAUUUUAAUAAAACGCGGAGUGGAAAACUUUAUAGCGAUGCUGAUAACAACAAUAACUUUACUAUUAAAAAAAACCAAGCACUUAGAAAAUCUAUUGACUACAACCCUUGAUUAUGCGGAUGCUGUUAAACGUCUUGCGAAUUUAACAAAACCGGACAAAGAACUGAAACCAAUAUUCUCUACGCUAUAUGAUUUGAAGCCGAAUUUCGAAGAUGCUGCUGAUGUGGUAAUGCAAAUGUAUAAGCAUUUUGUUGUUGAAGACGCACUCAACGAUCAGUGGUCAUCAUCUAUGCAUGGCAAACGCUGCCCUUGCCGCACUAGGGCCAGUCCACAAGCUAAAUACUUGGUGGAGCGUCUGCGUGAUUCGUGGCAACAUUUAUUACGUGAUCGCGCUACACGCACACUAACAUACAAUGAUGAACAAUUCCAUGCGUUGGAAAAGAUAAAAGUAGAUCGCAAUGGCAAGCGUAUCAAAGCGCUGCUAUUGGACGAUGUGAAACCCGCCGUGGCACAAAUGGCCGAAUGUCUGGCCGAUUGGUAUAAACUGGCGCAAACUGUAUAUCUUAAAACACAGAUAUUGGAGAAGGAUGUGCGUGAUUAUGAGCGUAAAUUAAAUGACAUACGCGACGAGCUGUAUCAUUUGAAAGCGGAAAUAAAAUCCGAUGCAAAUGCAAAAGUAAUCACCAACAAUAAUAAAUUGUCAAAAAAUAUACAGAAAAAUAUUAUGAAGAAAAUACAAGAACAACAUGACGAAGUAUUGCAAAUAAUGCGUCAAAACGAAGUAAUCAUAAAUCGGCUAAAAGAGUCGGGUGGCGUGAAGCAAUUUGAAACACUAAAAAAUAAAACGUAAUUUAUUUGUUGCACUACAAAUAAGAUAAGACUGUGAAAAAUAAUUAUUAGCAGGGCUCAGAAUUACAAGUAUUUCCUCAAACUUUCAUUACAUUCAUUAAAGGGCGUAUUCGUUAUUUUUCCAUGUUUAAACGGUUUUUUUUCUCGAAAUAGUUUUUUAUUGAAUUUAAUUUGAAAGAUUUAUUGUCGAAGAAAUUUCUUUCAGUUGUGACGAUUUUAUAAAAUCCAAGUCGCAUCUAUAAAAGGUGGUAUCGGUAAAGCAGCUGGUAUAUUUUUUCCUUUCGCCGUGUCUGGCUGUCAGUCCAGAGUGUAACAUGGCGAAUUCGUUCUUUGUUUUCUACUUUGUCAAUACUUUUCUUUGACAAUCAAAAGUACAAAAUAUUGUUGUUGGUCUAAUCCCACCACCUUAAAUGAAUGCGCCUUGAUAAAUUCAUAAUAAUUUUCAUUUUUGCUACCCGCAUAAUUUUGAUCAAUGAUAAAAUUGAAGAUUAAGUG